UUCAACCAUGGCAAGAUCAGAAAACUUCGGCUUCGUCGCGUUCUUGCUCAUCGCCAGUGGAGUCGCCCUGUUGUCCAUCGCAAGGGCGGAUUAUGAGGACGCACCUGCCCCUGAACCCUCGGGGCCGGAUUCUUUUCUGGCCCAAUGCGCUUCCAAGCUGACCGAGAAGUGCGGGGAGGACAUCUUCGGCAACAUAUUCACGAAGGAGAUCGAGCUCACCCCCGAAUGCUGUAAGAAGCUCGUGUUGGUGGGGAGAGAGUGCCACGAGGCUAUGGUGAAUUUCAUUGUCUCCAUUCCCACUUUCGCCAAGAAUGCCUCCAUCACCGUGCCCAGGAGCAAGCAGGUGUGGAAUAAGUGCGUCUUGUUGAGCGAAGAAACCCUUCCCCGGCGUAAGAAGGCCUGGUCUCGUUGGAUCUAAUCGAUGUCAAAUUAUCUUCGCACGCUCGAUAAAGGCGAAAGGAAUGUUGACAGUUAAAAGAGUUGUUUAUUUGCGCUUACAAUACAAUUUGCAUCCAUAAUCAGUUCAUGUCCUAAAUUAGUUUUACCUUUGUCUCCGGAAGGAAAACCGAAUACGAGAUCAAUUAAUACGACCUACUGGGCUCGAUUGAUAA